AUGGAUGGUACGGUGUUUUGUUGUGAUUAUGAUGAAUAUAUUCGAAACAGGGGGAAGAGGAGAAGAAUUGAGAAUGUAAGAAAAGUGAUCAGUGACAGAGACAUAGACUACCCUUGGUGGUUGUUAGAUUGGAUUAUGUAUAUUGUGCCUGUAAUGCAAGUUGGUCUGUGUAUCAUAUGUUGUGUCUGUAGUCCAUGCUGCAAGCAAAGAAGAAGAGGCUUUGUCUAUCGAAUUCAGCAACCAAGUGCAAUAGUAAAUGUUCAGCCUUAUGAUCCUCCACCUCAAGGAACAAUGUCUGUAUUGCCACAGUCCUCUGCUUCAGUGCACAUACCAAUGCCGCAGGCUACUUCUUCCCCCUUGCCCCUUGUUCACAAUUCCCCAUAUGCACAUCAUUCAACUAUACCACCAGAUCAUACUACACCGUUUGAUGAGCCCCCUCCACCCUACAGUGCUGUGGUUGGUGAUCUGUAUUCCAAACAAGUUUCUUAA